AUGGUUCAAGGUUGUGGUAACAAGUGCGUCAAGUACUUUUUCUGGAUUAUCAACUUCCUAUUCUUUGUAAGUUUGAGCGAUUAUAUAAAUCCUUCAUAGUUGUGUUGCUUAGGUUCUCGGAGGUAUAAUCGUUGGAAUCUCGAUAUGGAUGCUUGUGGACAAAAACUCACUUUCGACGGUCGCAAGCUCGGUGAAAGUGGACUUGACUCAACUAGUCAGUCAAAUCAAUGUGGAUCAGGUAUUAGAAAUGCGAGCCUUUCCUCCAAAAAAGAGUCAUAAUACUAGAUUAACAUGUUCCUCUAUGUCGCCAUUGCAAUCGGAGGAGCCCUCCUAAUCCUCGGAUUCUUCGGCUGCUGCGGCAGUUGCUGUGAGAGUGUCUGUGCCAUUUCCAUCUAUUUCCUUCUCGUUCUCAUUCUAUUCGUCAUCGAAAUCGUCGCUAUCGUUUUGUACUUUGUCAACAAAACCAAUGUAAGCUAAUGAUUUCUCGUAGAUGAACGACCAAUCAGGUGCCUUUCAGCUCCAACAAGCUUUUGUCAGCCUCUGGCGUGACGAGCUCGUCUCCAAGUACAAUUCUCAACAACAAAUCCGUCAAGUUCUUGACCAAUUCCAAACUACCGUAAGUUUCGCGAGAUCAGACACAUGCGCAUGACUUUUCUGUUUUCGUGUUUUUGUGAUAUCUCAAGACUUCUGACUAGGUGGCAGUCAAAUCAAUUACAAAUUUCAGCUGCAAUGCUGUGGAGCCUCCGGAUGCAGCGACUACGUGAUGUACGGCGCCUUCCCCUCGUCCUGCUCAUGUGCCACUAUUCAGCAGGUGAAAAUAAACGACUUGGCCGUUAGAAAUUAUAAAUUUAACGAGCACUGUUGGGUGUCACGCAAACGAGGCCAAUUUUCAGCAAGGAUGUGCUUCUCUCAUCUGGAGUGCUGUCGAGAACAAUCUCAUCUACGUGGCUUUUGUCGGAAUCAUCGUCCUGUUCGUCGAACUUCUCGCCAUGAUCUUCUCCUGCAUCAUCAUCAGCGCCGUCCGGGAGAAACGCUCGACAGCCUAA